AGAGAGAGAGAGAGAGAGAGAGAGAGAGCGUGUAACAGUACAGCAGUGAAUGUAGGUAACAUAGUAGUGUGUGUAUAAAACAGUACAAUAGUGAGUGUAUGUAACUAUAGUAGUGUGUGUAACAGUACAAGUAAGUAAAUAGUAAGUUAGUGUGUGUGUGUGUGUGUGUGUGUGUGUGUGUGUGUGUGUAAGAGUGCAUCCUGGCGGUGCUAAACCGCACCCUGCCAUGCGCGGGGCUCACACACGGAGUGCUUUGUGCGCAGGACAGGUUACCGUUCUGUCUGCUUCUGAAACCCAUCCAGCGCCUCAUCAUGGAGCUGACUCUGAGCCGCCUGGCUGCUUUUCUCGCUUCUUUCGGUCUUCUCAGCUUUGUGUGUCUCAUCGUGGCGAUCGGAAGUGAUUUCUGGUACAUCAUAGACACUUCGAGGAGAGAGAGCAACGAAUCCACACAUCUCAGCUCUCACUCCGGACUCUGGAGGACCUGUAGAUUUCAGGACCAAUGCCAGCCUUUAAUGAACCCUUUUGGAAAUGGAGGAAACUUCACAGAUUCACAAAGGCAUAUAUUAAACAUGCAAGCGAUGUUCUUCGUGCUGCUGCCCCUCAGCGUGAUCGUUCUCUUUAUUGGAGGGAUGAUGGGUGUCAUAAGCAUUCUUGCUCGAGCCCAUCGUCUUCUUCUCGCCACUGGAUUGCUUCUCCUCAGCGGCACUGUAAUUACAUUAACAGGCAUCUGCGUGUACGUGGCCUACUCUGCAGCUGCCUUCCGAGAGGCUGUGCAUAUCUCUGGACAAAAGACUCUGGAAGACCUUGACAUCUAUUUUGGUUGGUCUCUGGCCUUCGCAGCCAUAUCCUUCAUUACUGAGCUCAUCACGGCUAUCACAUUUCUGCUCACUUCUGCUCGCUUGGGUCAGCUCAUGCGUCGAGACCAGGACAGGUUCUUAGCAGAAUGAGGUGUGAAAGAUGUAUAACUGCCCUGUCGGCAUUAUUAUCUGUCAGUUAUGUGGGGCACAGCAUUUCUUUUUAAGUGUGUAAAUAAAUCUUUUAUAUGAUUGUUUUCUGGAACUAAAGAGUAUAAGCUGUAUACAGCCGAUGGGAAUAAAGGUUUAAAUUCUCAGAGGACGGCUGUAAUUGUUCUGUCACAAAGAGGAUAACGAUAUUAAUACACUGUAAUGUAAUCAACGUCUGCUAAAUAAAGUCUCUAUAACGUCACUUCAUAAAAUUUCAGGCUAAUUACUGAUUGACUGGUGCCUCCUAGCAUUUCAAAAUCUUUACAAAUUCAUUAUGAACUGAAUAAAUAAAUGAUUUUAAUACUGUUUUAAUAAGUGAGUCCAUGUUUACAAAUCCAGCCUAUUUAUCUAAUUUAAUAAUAUUUAAAACAGACAAUUUUCAGCAGGAAACCUACCCCACCUGCCACUUCAAAGAUGUGUAUGAUGACAAGGUAUCAGAUAAAACAUAUCGCUAUGUUAAUGUUAUGUUAUACCAGUGUACAUAUACAGUAAAUAAUUUUGGUAAUUUCUACAAUACAAUACUGUGUAUACUGUGUUUUACAGUUUGAUACAGCAGUCAGUGUGGAAGCCUGGGAAAAUAUUUACAGUACUUAUAAUGUAGAUUAUACUGUAUUAAAGACCUUACCUUGUCUGGCUAGUCCUACUAUUUUUCACUUCUUCAAUUACUUUGUCAUCCUAAGUUUUGGUGAAAAGGAUAGAGUCAGUUAUUUUAUCAGAGAAGAGUAAGCGCAAUGAGUUUAAACUAGAAUGUUAACCUAGCUAAAUACCUAAUGUUUGCUACCUACACAGCCUUAUAUUCUUUAUUUUUUUGUAUUCAACUGUUGUAUUCAAACUGUGGCUCACUGUUUACGUCUCUGUUGGGUUGAUUUUCUAGCAAGUUUGUGUAAUCUUUCAUUUGAUCUGGAUUUGCAACUGGAUUGUCCAUUAUAGAAGUUUAUUAUAUGUGAAUUUAUAAAAAAUAAUAAUUAUUGUGUAACCUGAUAUAUUGUGUUUCUUCUGUGUGUGGACUAAAAUGAAAUUAUUGCUAGAAAACAUUUUUAUCGGGUUUGUUUGUUAGAAUUUUGGACUCAGAUUCAUUUAAGUAUUUAUGUAUAUUUGACAAUAAAAGAGUUAAAACA